AUGUCGAAGCAGGCAAGUUUAGACAAAGUUCGCGAUACUUUGGUAAAACUGAAAGAAAACAUCGACACCGCUGAAGAUCGAUAUCACGACGCAAAAGCAUCGAAUCUCGAAGCAGUUGACAGGUAUGAAUUUAUGUUUUGCAACACAAGCGAUCGUUACCAUCCAAUUUUCAGUACUUUCUUAUGUGAAUCAAGUUCGUAUUAUACACAUAUGAUUAUAUACGUUAUACUGGAAUUCUAUUUGUUGCCAAUUUCUGCAAAACGAACAUUAAGGAUUUAAAGGUGGAUUUCCACUACACAAUUUUUUCCUAAAACUGUCGCACGCAACCUGCUUACAACUUAAGUUGCGCUGUGUAAAUCAAACGCACAACCCACCUACAACAACGUGGGCAAGUUCUGUGCUUGAUUUACACAGUACAACUCAAGUUGUAAGCAGGUUUGCAUGCGACAGUUUUUGACAGAAGUUGUGUUAGUAUAUAUGGUGUCCAUGUUGGUCCCACCUUGUGCAUUCCAUUAGAACAUUUUUGGGUUUGUUUGAAUAUUUACAAGCUGUCUCAAAAAAUGUAAUAGGCUGUGUUCCAUAUAUAUUCGAUCUUACACAACUAAUUAUUUUAGUGGGAAUCGGAAAUUCAAUCUAUGAGAUUGCAUUUUGACACUAAGGUUACUAAAAUUGAUCUAGUAGUAAAACCAUGCAAUGUUACGCUGUUCAAAAUAAAGUCUGGUCACCCAAUGGACCAUUGAAAUCUUGAAUCGGUUGUGUCGGGUGAUUAAUAAGUUUGAAGACCCCUUACUUCAACAGCCACCACACCGGUUCUACUUGACCAACUGUAAUAAAUUUUAGUGUCAAAAUUCUUCUCUUGAUUAAAUUUUCGACGGAACAUAGCUAUUGCAUUUUUUGGGACACUUGUAAAUUACUUUUAUUGUUUAAAAUAAUGUUUCCUGAUCGGUUGGGUCACCUUCAAUUUGGAUUGGACAAGGAUGCCCAGCCAGGCCAGUGGCAGUAAUUAUUAAUGGAGCUAUACUGUACGAGGUACCGCACACCUACCGCCCCCUCCGAAGAUUUAGAACUCAAAGUAAAACGUCAAAAAUUACAGGAUUAAUAAAGUGCUCCCAAAAUCGGAAUUAAAAAUUCAUGUGGUAAAACAAAUUGACUGACUAGGUUGGAAAAAGCAGAAGAGGAACAGGAAAGUUACAGACGUCGUAUUAAGCUUUUGGAAUUUGAUUUUGAGAAAGCUAAGAAGACCUUGGCAGAAAAACAGGAACGUUUAGCACAUCUUGAAG